AUUUUGCCUCCGGUUGGGUUCUAUUUGAACUUGCGCACUGAAGUUAGGACUUCUUUUAUCAUCAUUUGCCUAUUCACCUUUGCUCGUCCGACAGAUCUAUGACAUGCUCCAACCCAGACUUUACAAUAUUGAAGACAGAUGACACCAUUCCUUCUGGCUGCUCCUGAGUGGGGCUUACUUUGAUGUCUAACACUUCGCCUUGCCCUAUAAAAGUGAAUAGAAAAUCUCGAGACUCCCAUCAUCUCAGGUUACACGAGAUAUCUGCAUCAAACAGCUCCUCUACAAUGAAGUUUACUCUAAUUGUCACUCUUCUCUCUGCCUUCGCCAUCCCAGUGUUCGCAGACUCCGUUUUUGUCGUACCGAACGCCAAUUACAGCAACCCCAAUACGUCCCUUUCUACCGUCACCUGCUCAAAUUUGGCACUGCGUUACGCCAACUUCUCCUCCCUGCCUUCCUUCCCCAACAUCGGAGGUAUCCCAGGUCCCGCCUCGAACCUCUCCUUAUGCGGCUCCUGCUGGAGCCUCACGCCCGCCCCACCCUGCAGCGGUCUAAAUCCCCUCUACUUCACCGUUAUUGAUGACGAUUCCAAUUGCGCCGUUGACGCUGCCAAAGACGUUGACACUACUGUAUACGCUAUCUCCCAGCAAGCGUACAGCAACUUGACUCACGCUUCCUGCAAUGUGGACGCUGUUUAUGCUGAAGCCACUCAGGUCCAUGCAAGUAUGUGUGGCAUGUAGAGCCCGUAUGAGCUGUUGUACUGGAUGGUAAUGAGACUGGGAACGUGCUGAUACCAUCGGGGAAGAUCUACAUAGAGUUUUUUUUGGUUCUUGAGUGGGGGUUGCCAUAUGUUGUGGUUGGAAAGCGCGGUGGGAUUUUUUGGGGAGUUUUACAGAUCGUCUGUAUUUGUCAUACUUGAUAGUGCCGGUAGAAAUCAAACGCACCAUCAAUUUCGUUUCCUGUAUUUCAAUCAUACUGGGAUACACUCCGGGAAAGACCGACAGCAAUCAGUUCGCAUAACCGUAUUGCACGCGACUUUGGACAUCAAAUUGUAGUGCUACGUUUUGAACUACUUCUAUGGUACCAGCACACCCAAGGCAACUUAUU